AUGAGACUGAGCGCAGACAUGAACCGAUUCCUCUCGUCAACUGUAGAGGACUCGGCCCUUCUUCCGGCGUCUCGCCGGCCUCUGCUGCCUCUCCGCGCUCAGCCGGGACUAAAGAGACCGCCUGCGCCGCGUCUCGCGCGAGAAAGAGACAGAGGCGAACCAGGCUUACGGCUGAGAGAGCCGAGAAGCGGCGGAGACGCAGUCGGAGUGGUGGGCGGAGACACUUUGAAACAAAAGACUCUGGCAGUCUCGGAGACAAGGAGACGGCUUCCACGGGAGAUCAACGCUGCGGGUGCAACAAGCUCAUCGUUCCCUGCAUUCCCGGGCUCUUUUUCUCGCUUCCUAGUCACUCCUCGCCCUUCCUCGGCCUCGUCACCCCUCUCUUCUUCUCGUUCCUUCUCUCGCUACGCCGCCCGAGGACCGGAGUUCGCUUCUUCGGCCUCUCCGCGUCCACCCUCCGUCGCCUCUCGAAACUCGAAGCCCGUCUCCUCGCUCUCUGCCUCGGUAGCGUCUCGCUCUUGUGCUGCUUCGUCGCUCGGCUCUCCCUCGUCAUCUGUUGCAGCUUUCGACUCGCCGUCAACUUUGCCGGCUUCGGCCGCUCUUUCUCCUGCGUCUCCGCCGCCGUUCCUCCUCUCGCCUCCAACGCCUGUCCAGACCAGCGCCACGCCUCGACUUCUCGGUGCCGCGCGGGCGUCGCGGAGUUUGUCCUCUGUCUCUGCCUCCUCUGUUUCCCUCGCGACUCCUCCGCUGUCGCCUGCUCCUCCCGUCUCCUCUUGGCGACAGUUUUCUUCUUCUUCUUCUUCUUCUUCUUCUUCUUCUUCGUCCCCUGGCUGCUUCGGCCCGCAGCGCCGCCGUCGCCUUCCUUUGUGGAAUGUCGAAGUCUCUCGGGCAGCGCCUGCAGGUCGGGAAGCGCCCGGCGAGGACGCGACGCGACGCGACGGAGGCGAACGAGGAGAAGGAGAAGCCCACACCGGCAAGAGAGACGAAGAUCUCCUCGGGGAAAGCGACGAUUCCGCGUCUCUUCUUCAGCUGACCAACCGCAGUACACCCUCUGGGCUGGCUGCCUUUGCCCGCGCUGCAGAUCCCAGCGAAGACCAGUCUUCCCCUUCUACUUUUUCAUCGUCUUCGUCUGCACCACUCGCGGCUGCCGUGCGGGCUGCGACGGCGGCGGUGAAGAGGAGCUAUCACGAGUCCGCUUUCUGGCGCGAGCUCGGGGACGAAGCCGCGCGCAUUCUCCUCCGUCUACAAGAAUUCACGCACCGCGGCAGCGCCUGUUCCUUCUCGUCUGCAUUUGAGGCAGGCUCCGAAGACGAGGACGAGGCCGCCCUCGCAGGGGCUGCAGCGGCGAGUCCGCUCUCGACGUCCUUCUCGCUGGCGCCUGCCGAAUCGCCGGAUGCAGGCUUCUCGCAGUUUGGUCGGGAUCUGAGUGUGCUGGUGAACCGCUUCAAACAAAUCCGCUUUUUCCACGAGAGGUUCUUGCAAACGGCGGAGCAGGCGGCUCUGGGGUCUAUGCACCUCUUGUCGCUCCACGACGCCGCGCUUCUCGCCUCCUCCUUCGCCUCUCUCCAGUGCAACAAUCCUUCCUUCUUCUUCUCCCUCGCUGACCACGUCUACCAAGUCGCCACGUCUCCCUCCCCUGCUGUCGCACGCAUGGCGCAAACGGCUCUUCGCGCCCUUCGCGAAGCCUCUUCUGCCGUGCAUGCGUCUCCGCUGUCCGCUGCGCGCCGCCGGGAUGCGUUCCUCGCCUCGCUCGCUCCGUCUGCCUCCUUUCCCCUCUCGCUGCUGCUGGCCACGGCCCGCGCGCCCGGGACCGAACGGCGCAGUCGGGUUCACUUCCCUGCCGCGCAAGGCGCCGCUUCGCAGGCAGGCGCCCUGGAUGUCUCCGAGGAGAUUGAGAUCCAUCUCUGUCUCUCGUGGGUGCAUCUCCUCUCGGGGUUCGCGCACGCGCACGUGGCGCACGCAAAUCUGUUUGAGAUCGCUGCGCUGCCGCUGUGCGCCUUGCUGGAGGCAAAAGCGGGCUCUUUGCUCCUCAUGCAAAAACGGGUCAUGGCGCGAAGAAGCGUCGAGCGAGCGCGGAAGGCCUGCGCGGCUGGGGCGCGCAUGCAGCUGUCUCUCCCACGAGACGGCACUCCUCGGCGACGGCAAAGUUCGCGCGGCGACGGCCGAGCGGAGACAGUCGGGACCGACGAAGAAGGAAUUGAAGCGAUCCACGGUCACCUCAUGGUUUCUGCGGGGACAUGCGGCGGAAAAGCAGCACGUGCAACGAUGCCCGGAAGGCUGGUUGCCAAAAUUGUGGAGGCGUAUGCAACGUUCCGAUUCAAACAUGAGAGACUCCUCCUGGCAGCGACGUCGACCGUUUCCUUCCUUUCGUUCACUGACAGCGACAUCGAGUCGCUUCGGCGAUCAAUGGAAAAACUCGACUUCGCCUCGCCAGAGUUCGACAGAUUCGCCAGCAUGCGGCUGCCGCCCGCGGCGCGGAGAUGA